CUAAAAGAUCACAUGAGUCUCUUCGGCAUCGCUGUUGUUUUUCCAUUUGCGCCAUUUUGUUCGCUCACUUUGGUGAUUGGGCUUUAGAACCCUGUACUGGAGCCAAUCAGAAGGAUACCGGACAGCGGAGACACGGAAGUGGCUAUAACAGGAAGUGACAAUAACAGGAAGUGACUAGCUGACCAUGGAGUACACCACCGCCACCACCUCGACUGGGGAGCAGAUAGUCGUGCAGACAUCCAAUGGACAGAUACAACAACAGACUCAGGGCACAGUGACGGCAGUGCAGUUGCAGACGGAGGCGGCCGUAAUGACGGCCUCUGGCCAGCAGGUGCAGACACUCCAGGUAGUCCAGGGUCAGCCCCUGAUGGUGCAGGUGAGCGGAGGGCAGUUGAUCACGUCGUCAGGGCAACCCAUCAUGGUGCAGGCUAUGGGUGGGGGACAGGGACAGACCAUCAUGCAAGUGCCUGUGUCUGGAGGACAGGGACUACAACAGAUCCAGCUGCAGGGUGGACAGCAGAUCCAGCUGCAGAACGGUCAGACGAUCCAUCUAGGGGGACAGCAGAUCCAGCUGCAGGGUGGACAGAUGUUACAGCUCGGGGGACAGCAGGGUCAAACCCAACAGAUCAUCAUCCAACAGCCACAACAAGCCAUCACAGCCGGACAGAACCAGGGCCAGCAGAUCCAGUUGCAGCAGGGCCAGCAGCUGGCUCAGACGGCUGACGGCCAGACCAUCGUCUACCAGCCGGUCAACGCAGACGGCACCGUCCUGCAACAGGGAGGCUUUUUCUCCCCAGGAAUGAUCACCAUCCCAGCAGGCAGUCUGACGGGGGCCCAGAUGGUACAGACAGGGGGCGCCAACACCACCACUACCAACAGUGGACAGCAGGGCACCGUGACCGUCACCCUGCCGGUCUCAGGCAACAUGAUGAACACCGGUGGCAUGGUCAUGAUGAUGCCUAGUGGAGGUGCGGUGCCUGCUAUGCAGCGUAUCCCUCUACCCGGGGCUGAGAUGUUAGAGGAGGAACCUCUGUAUGUCAACGCUAAACAGUACCAUCGCAUCCUGAAGAGAAGACAGGCCCGCGCCAAGCUGGAGGCAGAGGGCAAGAUCCCUAAAGAGAGGAGGAAAUACCUGCAUGAGUCCCGUCACCGCCACGCCAUGCAGCGCAAGAGGGGAGACGGAGGACGCUUCUUCUCUCCCAAGGAGAGGGAGGAGAUGGCCCUGGCCCUGCAACAGGCAGAGCUGGCCGCCCAGGCAGGAGAAGACGAUGUAGCACAGAUGGUCCGAGUUUCUUAGCACCUACAACCCCCGACCACCCCUCCGUCAGCCAGUCGAGGCCCUCUGAGCCCCCCCCCCCCCCACCCAGCUAGACAGCACCCAGCUACACCUCUCAUCUCCUAAGAAUAAUAAUAAUUGGAUUGGAUUGAUAGAGCACUUCUCCAGACACUCAAAGUUCUUUACAAUGUAAGGAGGAAACUCAUCCAAGAACUACAAAUAUGUAGCUCCUAUCCGGAUAAUGCCAUGGCAGACAUAAACCUGUAUUCUCCCACCACCUCUUGCCCCUAUACUCAACAAUAUGAUAUCCCUAUGACUGGUGUCCUCCAUGAUGGGUCACUAUGAGUUAACUUUAACCCUUGACCUCCCAACUCCCUGGUCUUCCAGGCCUGGCUCUGUGACUGACCGCAGUGCCUGAGGUAUUCAGUAAGAUGUGAAAGUUAAGAUUUACUGGGACUGUAGCGCUCUGUCCUGGAAACCAAGACAACGAUGAGAUGUUUCACCUGCAUAAUACCACCGGUCAAUGAUUUCAUGUUUGCUGACGAAGUCAUAACUGACGGUAGUUAGUUGCAGAAUACAUUUUGUUUGGUCGUAAAAGCAGCUCAUUUUUGUUGUUGUUGGUGUGUUUCACAAAUGCAAAAAAAAACUGUUUACAAAUUCAGCUGUAAAAGAGUCAAAAUGAUGGAACACUUUAUUGUUGCCCUGUAUGUGUAUUUUGUUGAAACAUGCAACACCAUAGAAGCCCAGCCUUGGUCCAUAAGGAUUGUCAAAUAUUGUCUCCAAAAAUGGAUAUUAGUUAGAACGUUUUUUUUGUAAGCACUUCUCAGCAGGGUCCAAUUUCAAAAUGUUCUCAUAGAGGAACAUUUUAAUUUCAGUUUACUUCCUGAAUUGAAAUGGAAGUGACCCCUUAGUCUUGCAUUUCAGAUGUGAUUGCAAUAUCCAGCCCCCAGUUAUUGUCUGUACAGGGAAUGUGUAUUUUAUAUGACUUUUUUUUUAAUAGACACAUUGAUGUUGACACGACGUCUGAGUGACCCGUGUACUUUGUCUGAUUUACUUUAGGGCGUCUUUUUUUAUUUUUUUUUUGAAGAGUACGUUUUCUAUUCUUCUGAAGCAGUCCUCCAAAACAUUAUUUUUUUUGUUUUUUUUUGUGUGGUUGACGCCAUUGUUUCAAAGAGCUCAUCUGUUCAUUAAAUUCUAUUACGUUGACUUGAA